AUGCCCGGCUACACUUGCGCUGGCUUGGGCGAUCGAGAUACCGAUCUGAUGCUCAGCCCCGCAGGCGUCCUUCUGCAUGAAUAUAUGCACUGGAGCUACCUCUUCCGUCACGUUCCUCGAUUCGACCAUUAUAUCAGAGAUGGAAUGGUUCAGGACUACAAGGGUCCGCAUCCUGACUCAGGCUAUGGCUUUUUCAACGCUGCUCGACUUCGAGCCCUCUCCAUCGUCGAGAAGCCGAGAUAUUAUUACGACAAUCAAGUACUUCAGAAUGCGGACAAUUAUGCCAGAUACGCCCUAUCCAAGUAUUGGUCUUUCAUCUGCGGCAAAACCUUCGGCCAAACUCGAGACAGACAGGAUGAGUUACGGCGCAUCCCAAUCCCUGGCCUGGUUGAGCCUAGCCAGAUUCCAUUCCCAGUAUAA